AACUCGCAGUGCUGCCAGCGCUUGGCUAGAAGCUCGUGGAGAAGCCAUUUUUUGCGAAUGCGGAGGAAAGCCGACUAUUUGAUGCAAAGUGAUCAAUUUUGUGAUUUCAACUAAUAUUGUUGAUUAAAUGAAUUUGCGUGACAUGGCGUUACGUAGGAAUUGAUAAAUUAACACCGUGAAAAGCUUUUGGAAACGCUAGCAAUCAUGUCUAUUCCACCAUAUUUGCUGAGUCCGAAUCCAUGGGCCACGAUGAUGGCCCAGCAACAGGCGCAGAUAGCAGCCCAGGUACAUGCGCAGGCUGCGGCUCAUGCGCAAGCUGCUCAUCAUGCUCAUAUGCAGGCUAUAGCUGGACCACCAUUGCCUCAAGUACCUAAACAGCCGGAGGUCUUAUCUGAAGACAAACUUCAGGAAAAAGCACAAAAAUGGCAGCAGUUGCAAUCAAAGCGGUUUGCAGAAAAAAGAAAGUUUGGCUUUGUAGAUGCUCAGAAGGAAGACAUGCCAGCUGAACAUAUAAGAAAGAUCAUCAGAGAUCACGGUGAUAUGAGCAGCAGAAAGUAUCGACAUGAUAAGCGUGUUUAUUUAGGGGCAUUGAAAUACAUGCCCCAUGCCGUUAUGAAACUGUUAGAGAAUAUGCCCAUGCCAUGGGAACAAAUAAGGGACGUAAAAGUCUUGUAUCACAUUACUGGAGCCAUUACAUUUGUCAAUGAGAUUCCUUGGGUUAUAGAACCUGUAUACAUAGCUCAAUGGGGUACUAUGUGGAUCAUGAUGAGACGAGAAAAAAGAGAUCGUAGACAUUUCAAGAGAAUGCGAUUCCCGCCCUUCGACGACGAGGAGCCUCCUCUAGAUUAUGCAGAUAACGUUUUGGAUGUUGAACCAUUAGAAGCGAUACAAAUUGAACUUGAUUCAGAAGAAGAUGAGUCUGUGGCAUCGUGGUUUUAUGAGCAUAAACCCUUGGUUGGGACAAAACAUGUUAAUGGCUCUACAUACCGAAGGUGGAAUCUAACACUACCACAAAUGGCCACUUUGUAUCGUUUGGCUAAUCAAUUGUUGACCGACUUAGUAGAUCAGAACUUUUUUUAUCUGUUUGAUCCAAAGUCAUUUUUCACCGCAAAAGCCCUAAAUAUGGCUAUUCCUGGAGGACCAAAGUUUGAACCAUUGGUAAAGGAUUCGAAUGCUGCUGAUGAAGAUUGGAAUGAAUUCAAUGACAUAAAUAAAAUCAUCAUUAGGCAGCCUAUUAGAACAGAAUAUAGGAUUGCGUUUCCUUAUUUAUACAAUAAUAUGCCUCAUUUUGUGCAUCUUUCAUGGUAUCAUGCACCAAACGUCGUGUAUAUAAAGACCGAAGAUCCAGAUUUGCCUGCAUUUUACUUCGAUCCGUUGAUCAAUCCGAUUUCUCAUAGAAAUUCACUAAAGACGAUGGAACCGCAAAUUGAAGAUGAUGAAGAUUUUGUUUUACCUGGUGAAGUGCAACCGUUUCUUCAGGAAACACCUCUUUAUACCGAUAACACAGCGAAUGGAAUAGCACUUCUAUGGGCACCGAGACCAUUUAAUACACGUUCUGGUAGAACGAGAAGAGCUAUUGAUAUUCCAUUGGUUAAGUCGUGGUACAGAGAGCAUUGCCCACCUGGGCAACCUGUAAAAGUGCGAGUCAGUUACCAGAAAUUGUUAAAAUACUUUGUGUUGAACGCUCUGAAGCACAGGCCACCAAAACCGCAGAAGAAACGCUAUUUAUUCCGUUCGUUUAAGUCUACCAAGUUUUUCCAGACUACAACGAUAGAUUGGGUGGAAGCUGGUUUACAGGUGUGUCGUCAAGGAUAUAAUAUGUUGAAUCUGUUGAUACAUCGAAAAAACCUCAAUUAUCUUCACUUGGAUUAUAAUUUCAAUUUGAAACCAGUCAAGACACUUACGACAAAAGAGAGGAAGAAAUCGCGCUUUGGUAAUGCUUUCCAUUUGUGUCGUGAGAUUCUUCGUUUGACUAAGCUCAUAAUCGAUUCUCACGUUCAAUAUCGCCUGAACAAUGUGGACGCCUUUCAACUUGCUGAUGGAUUGCAAUAUAUCUUUGCGCAUGUCGGUCAAUUGACUGGCAUGUAUCGGUACAAGUAUAAAUUGAUGCGGCAAAUUAGAAUGUGUAAGGACUUGAAACAUCUAAUUUAUUAUCGUUUUAAUACUGGACCAGUUGGUAAAGGGCCUGGUUGCGGAUUCUGGGCACCUGGCUGGCGUGUCUGGUUGUUUUUCAUGAGAGGCAUUACUCCACUAUUGGAGAGAUGGCUAGGUAAUCUAUUGUCAAGACAGUUCGAAGGUCGCCACUCAAAAGGCGUAGCAAAGACUGUGACGAAGCAGCGAGUUGAAUCACACUUCGAUCUCGAAUUACGAGCAUCCGUCAUGCAUGACAUAGUGGACAUGAUGCCUGAGGGAAUAAAACAGAACAAAGCGCGAACUAUCCUUCAACAUCUGAGCGAGGCCUGGCGUUGUUGGAAGGCGAAUAUCCCCUGGAAAGUGCCAGGUUUGCCAAUUCCAAUCGAGAACAUGAUAUUGCGUUAUGUCAAAAUGAAAGCCGAUUGGUGGACGAACACGGCUCAUUAUAAUCGCGAGAGGAUCCGACGCGGCGCCACGGUGGAUAAAACCGUGUGCAAGAAGAAUCUCGGUCGUUUGACGCGUCUCUACUUGAAAGCUGAGCAAGAACGACAGCACAAUUACUUGAAGGACGGUCCAUACAUAUCACCGGAGGAAGCUGUAGCCAUAUUUACUACUUCAGUGCAUUGGCUGGAGUCUCGAAGAUUCGCGCCAAUACCCUUCCCGCCGUUAUCCUACAAACAUGACACAAAACUGCUGAUAUUGGCUUUGGAACGCUUGAAAGAAGCCUACAGCGUUAAAUCCAGGUUAAAUCAAAGUCAACGAGAAGAGCUAGGCUUAAUAGAACAAGCAUAUGACAACCCACACGAGGCUUUAUCCAGAAUAAAGCGACAUUUGCUCACGCAGAGAGCCUUCAAGGAAGUUGGCAUCGAAUUCAUGGAUCUUUACAGUCAUCUGAUACCUGUGUACGAUGUCGAGCCACUUGAAAAGAUCACGGAUGCUUACCUCGAUCAAUAUCUGUGGUAUGAGGCGGAUAAGAGAAGAUUGUUCCCACCAUGGGUGAAACCAGCUGACACGGAACCACCACCGCUCCUCGUCUACAAAUGGUGCCAAGGUAUCAACAACCUCCAAGACGUGUGGGAUGUUAACGAAGGCGAAUGCAAUGUGUUACUCGAAUCAAAAUUCGAGAAACUUUAUGAAAAGAUCGAUCUCACAUUACUUAAUAGACUGUUGCGUCUAAUAGUCGAUCAUAAUAUCGCUGAUUACAUGACAGCGAAGAAUAACGUAGUCAUCAAUUACAAAGACAUGAAUCACACCAACAGCUAUGGCAUUAUCAGAGGACUGCAAUUCGCGUCUUUUAUCGCCCAGUACUAUGGAUUGGUAUUGGAUCUGCUUGUGCUAGGUCUUCAACGAGCCAGCGAGAUGGCCGGUCCACCGCAAAUGCCAAAUGAUUUCUUAACGUUCCAAGAUGUCGCCUCCGAAACAGCGCAUCCUAUUCGGUUGUAUUGUCGCUACGUCGACAGAAUACAUCUGUUUCUGCGUUUCUCUGCUGAUGAAGCGAGAGAUCUUAUUCAGCGUUAUCUCACUGAACAUCCUGAUCCGAACAAUGAGAACAUCGUCGGCUACAAUAAUAAGAAAUGCUGGCCGCGAGACGCCCGUAUGAGGCUGAUGAAGCAUGACGUAAACCUGGGUCGCGCCGCCUUCUGGGACAUUAAGAAUCGACUACCACGUUCCACCACCACCAUUCAGUGGGAGAAUAGCUUUGUCAGCGUCUACAGCAAAGACAAUCCUAAUCUGUUGUUUAAUAUGAGUGGCUUUGAAUGCAGAAUUCUACCCAAGUGCAGAACAACUCACGAGGAGUUUACGCAUCGGGAUGGCGUCUGGAAUCUCCAGAACGAAAUUACAAAGGAAAGGACAGCACAAUGUUUCCUGCGUGUCGACGAUGAAAGUUUGCAACGCUUUCAUAAUCGUGUCAGACAAAUCUUGAUGGCCUCAGGCUCAACUACAUUCACGAAAAUCGUAAACAAGUGGAAUACCGCAUUGAUCGGUUUAAUGACUUAUUUCAGAGAAGCAGUGGUAAACACGCAAGAAUUGUUGGAUCUGCUAGUCAAGUGCGAGAAUAAGAUCCAGACACGUAUUAAAAUCGGACUGAAUUCCAAAAUGCCGUCACGUUUUCCACCUGUCGUGUUCUAUACACCCAAGGAAUUAGGCGGUUUGGGAAUGUUGUCGAUGGGUCACGUAUUAAUACCGCAGUCUGACUUGAGGUGGUCAAAGCAAACCGACGUGGGCAUCACUCAUUUCCGUUCGGGUAUGAGUCAUGACGAGGAUCAACUGAUUCCAAAUUUGUAUCGUUACAUACAGCCAUGGGAAUCAGAAUUUAUCGAUUCUCAACGCGUCUGGGCCGAGUACGCCUUGAAGCGGCAAGAGGCAAACGCUCAAAAUCGCAGACUCACCUUGGAAGAUCUCGAGGACAGCUGGGAUCGUGGUAUUCCCAGAAUAAAUACGUUAUUCCAGAAGGACCGGCAUACGCUGGCUUAUGACAAGGGCUGGCGCAUUCGCACUGAGUUUAAACAGUAUCAAGUGUUAAAGCAAAAUCCAUUUUGGUGGACUCAUCAGCGUCAUGACGGCAAAUUGUGGAAUCUGAAUAACUACCGAACUGACAUGAUCCAAGCGCUCGGUGGUGUUGAGGGCAUUCUAGAGCACACUCUCUUCAAGGGCACCUAUUUUCCGACAUGGGAAGGUCUCUUCUGGGAGAAAGCAUCCGGGUUUGAAGAGUCCAUGAAAUAUAAGAAGCUAACAAACGCUCAACGUUCCGGUCUCAAUCAGAUUCCCAAUCGUCGAUUCACUCUAUGGUGGUCGCCUACCAUUAACCGCGCCAACGUUUACGUUGGUUUUCAGGUGCAGCUUGAUUUGACAGGCAUAUUCAUGCACGGAAAAAUACCGACUCUAAAAAUCUCGUUGAUCCAGAUAUUCCGUGCUCACUUGUGGCAAAAGGUACACGAAUCCAUCGUGAUGGAUCUCUGCCAAGUGUUCGAUCAAGAAUUAGACGCGUUGGAAAUCGAAACCGUGCAGAAGGAAACGAUUCAUCCGCGAAAAUCUUACAAGAUGAAUUCUUCGUGCGCCGACAUUCUACUAUUCUCCGCCUACAAAUGGAACGUGUCCCGACCAUCUCUUCUUGCUGAUUCCAAAGAUGUGAUGGAUAAUACGACCACACAAAAGUAUUGGAUUGAUGUUCAACUGAGAUGGGGCGACUAUGACUCACAUGAUAUCGAACGAUACGCUCGUGCGAAAUUUCUUGAUUACACUACGGACAAUAUGUCUAUUUAUCCAUCACCAACUGGUCUCCUUAUAGCUAUCGAUCUGGCAUACAACUUACAUAGCGCUUAUGGCAAUUGGUUCCCUGGCUGCAAACCGCUUAUACAACAAGCCAUGGCGAAGAUCAUGAAGGCAAAUCCAGCCUUGUAUGUGUUACGCGAACGCAUCCGCAAGGCAUUACAAUUGUAUUCAUCCGAACCGACCGAGCCUUACCUCUCCUCGCAAAACUAUGGCGAGCUCUUUUCUAAUCAAAUCAUAUGGUUCGUUGACGAUACGAACGUGUAUCGUGUGACUAUCCAUAAAACCUUUGAGGGUAACUUAACGACGAAGCCAAUAAACGGCGCAAUCUUCAUUUUUAAUCCACGGACUGGACAACUCUUCUUAAAGAUUAUUCACACUUCUGUCUGGGCGGGCCAAAAACGUCUGGGUCAGCUGGCCAAGUGGAAAACCGCUGAAGAAGUUGCUGCAUUGAUUCGCUCUCUGCCAGUAGAGGAACAACCAAAGCAGAUCAUUGUUACCAGAAAGGGAAUGUUAGAUCCACUGGAAGUGCACUUGCUGGACUUCCCUAACAUAGUCAUCAAGGGGUCCGAGUUACAAUUACCGUUCCAAGCGUGUCUCAAAGUGGAAAAGUUUGGCGAUUUGAUUUUAAAGGCGACCGAGCCGCAGAUGGUUUUGUUCAAUCUUUAUGAUGAUUGGUUGAAGACCAUCUCGUCGUAUACUGCGUUCUCACGACUAAUUCUGAUUCUGCGCGCUCUACACGUUAACACCGAGAGAACUAAGGUUGUUCUUAAACCCGACAAGACUACCAUCACCGAACCGCAUCAUAUAUGGCCGUCAUUGACGGAUGACGAAUGGAUUAAGGUUGAAGUGCAGCUGAAGGAUUUAAUUUUAGCGGACUACGGCAAGAAGAACAACGUUAAUGUCGCGUCGCUCACGCAAUCUGAAAUUCGUGAUAUUAUUCUGGGCAUGGAAAUAAGCGCUCCAUCCGCGCAACGUCAACAGAUCGCUGAGAUUGAGAAGCAGACUAAGGAACAAAGCCAAUUGACCGCUACCACUACGCGGACGGUGAACAAGCACGGUGACGAGAUCAUCACCGCGACUACAUCCAAUUAUGAGACACAAACUUUCAGCUCGAAAACCGAAUGGCGAGUACGUGCCAUCUCCGCAACCAAUCUCCAUCUCAGAACGAAUCACAUCUAUGUUUCGUCCGACGAUAUUAAAGAGACUGGCUACACUUAUAUCUUGCCUAAGAACGUAUUGAAGAAAUUUGUCACCAUUUCCGAUUUGCGAGCGCAAAUAGCUGGCUAUUUAUAUGGCAUUAGUCCACCUGACAACCCUCAGGUCAAAGAAAUCAGAUGUAUUGUAAUGGCACCGCAAUGGGGAACUCACCAGACCGUUCAUUUGCCAAAUACGCUACCUAACCAUCAGUAUUUGAAAGAGAUGGAACCGCUAGGAUGGAUACACACACAGCCAAACGAGCUGCCACAACUCUCGCCACAGGACAUAUCCACUCACGCUCGGAUUAUGGCAGAGAAUUCCAUCUGGGACGGCGAGAAGACCAUCGUUAUCACUUGCAGUUUUACGCCCGGCUCCUGCUCUCUCACAGCGUACAAAUUAACUCCGAGUGGUUUCGAGUGGGGCAAGCAAAACACCGACAAGGGCAACAAUCCAAAGGGCUAUCUACCCAGUCACUACGAAAAAGUACAAAUGCUUCUGUCCGAUCGUUUCCUUGGUUUCUUUAUGGUGCCCAGUCAAGGCUCGUGGAACUACAACUUUAUGGGCGUGAGGCACGAUCCCAACAUGAAAUACGAGUUGCAACUAGCGAAUCCAAAGGAGUUCUAUCACGAAGUGCACAGGCCGGCCCAUUUCCUCAACUUCUCAAGCUUGGAAGAUGGUGAUGGCGUCGGAGCUGAUCGAGAAGACAUGUUUGCGUAAAAUGAACUUUUGGUGUGUAGGAUUGACUGAUUAAGGACCGGUUGUUUCGGCAACUUCUUGGUAAACUUUUCUACUAGAUAAACAUGUGUCUAUCUUCAUUUCUUUUCUUAAAUAAAUAAAGACAAAAUAUAUUUACCUGAUAGGUAUAUCUGAUAGGUAUAAUAAGUUUACCAAGAAGUUGGAACAACGGAUCCUAAAAGAAGUGUCAGGAUGUGUAUAAGUAACGUGCGAAAGUACGUGUCGUAACUUUAUUUUAUAUUUUUUCGUCUAAUUAUCGUAUACGUAGACGAUUACAAACAUACAUAUAAUAAUGAAUACAGAUUAAGCCUUUAUUACUUAAUGAUUGCAGACUUUGAAUGAACACUGUGCUUUUCUUCGGUUUAUGUUGUAUUUUAUCCACUUUCCACAUUUUGAUUUUAUAGGUGCGUAUUAAAUGUAGAUAUAACUAUUAAAUAUUGGACAAGUGUAAAAUGGCACUUAUACAGGAAUAUUCUGUAACCGUAUAAAAGCAGUAAAGCGUUAUAUUCUAUAUGUAAUACGACGAAUGAAAUGCAACUCCGGAAAAUUUUAUCGGCAAAUACGUUUCAUAAUAAAUCAAUGGAAUUUUUAAUUAAAUACGAAGAUGUUCGAUUUAAAGUCUAUCUCGGUUCAUAUCUCAAGGAUUUUUAUCAUAUUAAAAAUUAUCAUUACGCAUUAUUGUAUGUGAUAAAAUGUACGAUCAAUUAGACACAGUCGGUAUUUGUAUCGCACCAUUCGAUAUAAAAUGUCUUAAGUUAUUUAGUCAUAAACACGUUUAAAAUGCAUAUGUUUAUAAUAUAAAUAUUUUUUCUUGAAUUGGUUUAAUAUCAAAUACUUACGUAUGCAAUGAAAAAGUAGACUAAAUGUGUCAAUAUAAUGAAAA